UAGGGGAAAUGGCUACUCCUGUCCCUCAGUGUGAACAGCCCAUCCCAGUAUCCUUCCACAGGAAACCUGGCGGAAGGACAGAACAGGAAGGAGGCAAGCAGACUUUGCCAACAAUGUCAGUGCUGAAAUCGGCCUGGUCCCACAAAGAGGAGAGCCCCACCCUCAAAAAGCCAGACCCACCAGCCAACUCAGACAGUGACUCAGGCCACCUGCCAGAGGAGCACCCAGGGGACACCUCUACUCAGGGUCCUGCAGUUCUGAGCUUGGGGCCCUCUCACCUGGACACCAACCCAGCCCCCAGCUGGCCUGGGCUUCGCACCCUUCUGCAACAGCUCCCUCCACAGGACAGCGAUGAGCGCUACUGCCUGGCCCUUGGGGAGGAGGAGCUGGCAGAGUUGAGGCUCUUCUGUGCCCAGCGGAGGCGGGAGGCCCUAGGACAGGGGGUGGCCCGCCUGCUGCCUCCCAAGCUUGAAGGACGCACCUGUGAGAAGUGCAGGGAGCUGCUGAGGCCCGGGGAGUACGGGGUGUUCGCAGCCCGGGCCGGGGAGUGGCGCUGCUGGCACCCGCCCUGCUUCGCCUGCCAGGCCUGCGGCCAGGCCCUGAUAAACCUCAUCUACUUCUACCACGAUGGGCGUCUCUACUGCGGCCGUCAUCAUGCUGAGUUGCUGCGGCCGCGCUGUCCAGCUUGCGACCAGCUGAUCUUCUCCCAGCGCUGUACCGAGGCGGAGGGGAGGCGCUGGCACGAGAGCCACUUCUGCUGCCAGGACUGCGCCGGGCCCUUGGGCGGGGGUCAUUAUGCCCUGCCGGGGGGCAGCCCCUGUUGCCCCAGCUGCUUCAAGAGCCGCUACUCCAAUGCAGACUCGAGCCCAGCCCCGCCACUGGAAGGAAGGGCGCCCCUCGGGGUGUCGGAGCCCAACUGGGUUGAAGGAGGGGACUGCGCCCCGCUGAACGCCGUGACCAACUCCCGAGCAGCCCUCCUCGCCGCGGCCGCCAGCUCCAGCCUGGAGACCCAGAGGAGGCGGUUGGGAUCCAGCCCCCUGGAGGAAUGUCGAGCUGAGAACGUGGCGGAGGCACCCAAAGGGUGCGCGCAAGGCCGUUUGGAGACGCCCUCUGGUCCCAAGGAGGACGCCCUCUGCCCCACCUGCUCCUCCUCCUCUGACUCCGAACCCGAGGGCUUUUUUUUAGGCCAGCGCCUUCCGCGGCCAGGAGAGACCCCCGGCAGUCUUCAAGCUAGGAACAGCGACACCUCUGGGAAGCCAUGCAUCAUUUGCUAGUGGUGCAACCA